GUCUUGCCCGCCCCCCGCCGGGUCCUUGAAUGCAUCAAUGCCCUAGAAUGCGUCCUCAUAAACCGGUGGGGGCAGCGAUCAGAUGAACUGCAUAUCCCAGAGUCUCUGCGUACAGCUGAAUGUCGGCCAAGUUCCCAAUGCCUACAACAGAACAAAUAAUCGGCAUCUCGUGCACUUGUGUUGGGUGCGGUCCCGGCGGCGGCACCUCCAUGGUAGCCCGAGUCGCAAUCGUCAAUUACCAGGGCCAGGCGGUGUAUGACACUUACGUGCAGCCGACCACCCAGGUCUCUGACUAUCGCACAGGCACUACGGGCAUAGAGCCGGGGCACCUAGAUCCGGCCAAUGGGGCUAAGGCCUUCCUUGAGGUGCAGAAGCAAGCCGCCCACUUCAUUAAAGGCAAAGUCGUCGUCGGCCACUCCCUUUGGCUGGAUCUCUCCGUACUCGGGAUACCGCAUCCCGCGGUUAAUACACGCGAUGUGGCGCUCUACCAACCGUUCAAAAACGCGCUUCGCGGGUCGGCCAACCAGGUGAUUGGUCUGCAAACCCUCAUGUGGCAUCUCAUGCGCCGCCGCGUCCAGGACGGAAAAAUCGAUGCACUCGAGAACGCACGCGCGGUGGUCGACUUGUACCGCUCGCAUGGCACUGAGUGGGAGGGUGCUGUGUCGAAAGGGCAGUGGCCUUGCUCCUUGCCGCCGUCCCAGUUCUCUCGAUGCUUUACGUGAAGAUGUGCAUGCUAAUCUGCCCGGGCCGACGCGAUAUGGUUCUGUCCAAGCCUAUAUUAGAUGAAAGGGACCGAGGAGACAUCUGAACCGCUGAUAGACCGAUGUGUAUAUACUUGCUAUUCUUCACAUAGUCUCCGCUGACUCACCUACGAGUCAUUGGCACUCCUUGAUGUUGACCGCAGUGCUGCUGCGGCUUGGUAGAGUAGUCACUCACCCUAAUCGUACAGAUACUUUUCUUGGAUCUUGAAAUGUAUCAUCGCAACGCAAAUGCUCCUACCCAUAUUGCC